UGAUUUUGCAUUUCCAGGAGCAUUACCGAUCGUGAGAGAGAACUAUAAGUAAACAUUACAGUUCUCUGCCCUGUCAGCUCCUGCACACUGCUAUGCAUGGCUUGCAUAGCAGAGCCAUGCAAAGCAGUGUGCUUACAGUGAAGCACAGAAACGCAGCACACAGUUAACCCUUUGAUCGCACUACAUGUUAACCCCUUCCUGCCCAGUGCCAUUAGUACAGUGUCAGUGCUUUUUAUUAGCACUGAUCACUGUAUUGGUGUCAUUGGGGAUGUCAGUGACAGCAAGUCAGUUCCCCCCCAGUGCCAGAGGGCCCGCCACAGUCCAACAGUCCCGCUAU